AUGCAGCCAGCAGGCGCGGCCGCGACCCUGCUGGCGCUGCUGGCCGCCAACGGCACCUCGGUGCUCGACUGCGUCUGCGACCACAUCAACCGCGUCACGGGGGCGCCCGGGGGCAGCUACGGCGAGAAGCGGCUGUGGUGGAGCUACUGCCGCUACCCGCAAAGCUACGACGUGUACGUGAAGUGCGACGAGCUGGCGCCGCCGUUCGCUGUAGUGUCGGCAGUGGCGGCGCUGGUGCCGAGCAGCAGUAGCAGCCCCUGCGGGCCGCCGGUAGGCGACGAGGAGGAGGGGUGCGGGGGCGCCGUGGAGGUGGUCCGCGGCCUCGCCAGGUCCACACCAGACCAGCUGCAAACCUGGCACCUGUGUUCCAUCAUCGCUGACCGUUGCUUCCGCUCGUGCUCUGCACGGGGGUUGAACGACACGGAAUGGAAUGCGGAAGUGCUGGCAAUGGAUCAUGUGAGGCAUCCCAUCCUCUCUGAGCUACUGCACGCUGCUCGGCGCAUAACAAGAGCCAUAACUGCCAGAUUUCCAUGCGCCUUGCGAAAUACAUUGUCUUUCGUUCGGUCAUCAGGGUUGAAUGAAACAGAACUCCAGGCCGAGGUGGCGACCUACCUGGAACGCCUCUCCAGCUACUGGCGGGACUCGGCGCAGCUGCUGUCGCUCAGCGUGGAGAACCUCUCGCAGCUGUUGGUCCCCCUCGCAUUUGAACACUCGGGUGAUCACACGAAUGAUCAGCAGCUCCAUGUGUGGAUUAAGGACAUGGAGCAUGUGAGAGACAUGCUGCUCACCAAGUUAAGGGGUUGGGUGCGCGAUGUGAGCUCACUCAGCGAGCAGAUACCGAACUACAAGGUGGAAGCAGACCAGAAGAAUCCUGGGAAGUAUAUACUCAGGCGUCCUGUACUGAAUGAAGACCUUCUCACCUUCCACCAAGAGCACCCCUCCUUUCGCAGCAGCUUCACUGCGCUAUGCGAGGAGCGACAGCCGGAGGCAUCACAAAUGUUCGGCCUCGCGGACGCACUGCACUCCCUCUAUCGUUUCAACUUGUUCUACGAGAUAUUUACUUCAGGUGUUGGCAGAAUUGUAGACGAGGAGUGGCAGCUGGAGGACAGAAGCAACGCUACGCUCUCUGUGGACACCGACUGCAUGCAGCUGUUGGCGAACGCCCUGGACCACCCCACGUGUCCACUGGAAGACCUGCCUCCAGAGACCAUCCAGCAGCGCCAGCAGUGCCGUGAACAGCUGUGGGAUGACAUGGUGCAGAGGUCACCCCACAUACCCGUCACCAGCUACCUGGCCUACACGCAGAGGGUGACCGUCAACCUCUGCCUCUUGGCCUGGAUGACAGUGAACUCUUUCGGCAUUUGUCAGGACGUCCCCUUCAGUGUGAUGCAGUCCGUACACGACGCUCGCUGCUAUUUCGAUAGUCCUGAAGACCGGUCGUGUCUGGAGUCGAAUGCUACAGACGCCAUCUGCUCCGUUUCCAGAGCUAUUCUGUUGUUGAAGUGUAACGAUUUUUCCUUCCACAAGAGUCUCGAUCUAUGCAGUGUCCACCUUUACACAAACGGAUCGAACUCUACAACGGACAAGUUAUCGGGGCUAGACAGGUAUGAAAAGGCAACAGAAAGAACACUGAUCUACAAAGAUAGUCUAAGCAAUGCCACCUUGAAAUACAAGGAUUUUAAAAUUGACAGCUUAAGACCCUUAGAAAUCUCAUUUAUAGCCGUGAAUAUUAUUUUCCGCUUUCUGACUGCCGGAGUGUACACGUACCUUCCCCAGUUACGUAAUUUGCCCGGAAUGAUAUUCUUGUCAUUCCAGGUGACGGGUAUAGUCCAGAUCCUGUGUUCUGAGGUCAUGUACCGCAUGGCCGGUGUCCCCGACUUGGCUACGGCAGUGCUGGUCGAUAGUGCCCUCACACUCCUCAGUUGUAUCUGGCUAAACUCGUUCUGCUACCAAAUGUAUGCAUGCAUUCGCCACCUGAGGCUUCCUAACGACUUACUACCUGCUGAAGCGAGAAAGGCAUUUCGCCGACAGGUGCUGUACGCAUUAAUAGCGUGGAGCAUAGUAUGUGGAGCAAGUAUCGCUUUGGAAAAGACGAGCAGAUAUUACCUGGUCCAUAGUCGGAUAAUAUUUCUUGUGGGCAUUUCACUGUCUAUAGGUUACAAUUUGGCCUGUCUCGGACUAGUGGGGUACAUGUACCUACGUAAUAAGAAAUCCAUGACUCAACUCAAAAUUUAUAGUGACGAUAAAUUUGGCUCCAAGAGACAACUUUUUUAUGUGUCAGUUAAGACUAUCAUCUUAAGUGGGGUAUGCAUAAUUAUUAGAAUUGGGUUCCACCAGGCUGAAGGCAUAGCACAGUUCGUAUAUUACGUGCACAUAGCUACCAUGGUUCAGGGACCACUGCUGUUCGUUUUUUUCAUUUGUAACAAAGCAACGCUCCCCCUUCUCAAGAACAGACUACUGGCGUGUUGGAACCCACACAUCAUCAGUCUGCAGCAAGAACUGUGUUCGACAGCUGAGAGAAAUUUGGCGCUGAGGGGAAACAAACAGUUUCUGACUGUAGAAUCCUCACUGUAAAAUGUCCACGAGUAUUCUUCUCAAAAGGCUGUCUUCAUUGUAGACCGUACUGAAGCGAGUGACCAGCUGUAAGGAUUGUAUCUAACUAGUACGACAAAAUUAAUUGCGUCUGAUAUUGUACAACAAGUGCAUCAGUUUUCCAGUUUGUUCUUUAUAUAUAACUGCAUGCUUAUUUAUACUUGGUAGCUUCUUUCUAUAUAUUUUAUGCACAGCAAGUAAUUAAUUACUAUAAUUGAAUCAGAAUGAAAAUAAGAAGAAAGUUCUUGUCCUACUUCCUCUACUCGGAAUAUGUUUAAGAACAAUUUAAUAUAUCUAACAUUGGUGAAAGACGAAAACAAUGACAGGACUUCUGUAAAUUAUUUUAACCAUCGUUUCCUAAAGCAAAACUGGCAGAAUGAACUCUCACAGAGUAUUUCCAGGAAUUUUUGUUAUUUCCUGAUUCAAACGAAGCUUUUAGCAGACACCAGCAUUUGUCUUAUACUGAGAACUGCAUAAUCAUUUAGUACACAAUUAACUGCACAGUUAUGCCUCGUCUUGUGUCUCGGUGUAAAUGGAACGGCACGAGUUGUGAUGUUUGACUUGUACAAGCUGUCACUUUUUCUGGAACUUUUAAAUGAGUUUCACCUCAGGCAACACUCCGUGUACCUGAAAAUUAUCAGAUUGUACCAUAUUAAACUAC